GGCAGCGGAAGAGGCGGGGCGAGGCGGGAGGCGCAUGCGCGGUGGCGCGGUGACGCACCGUGCGUGCCGUGCGCGUUGACGUUGCGCGGCGGCGACGGCGCCUGUGAGCGCAGCUGCGGUGGCGGCGGCGUCUCCGAGGUUCUCUCUGCGCACCGACGGGACCCGACCGCAGCCCUCGGGGCCUCCAACCCACCCCAUGCCCGCGCCGGCCCCGGUGGCCACCGAGAGCGACUUCAGGCCCCUUCGCGGCCCCCGCGCUGCCGCCAUGUGAGGGGGGGGGCACGGCCGGGCCCGUGUUUUCCCCCCCCUUCCCCCUCCCCCGUCGUUGCCCCCCUUACUCGCCAUGAUGUUCCGGGACCAGGUGGGGAUCGUGGCCGGUUGGUUUAAAGGUUGGAACGAAUGUGAGCAAACCGUGGCGUUGCUUUCGCUGCUGAAGCGUGUCACCCGCACCCAGGCGCGCUUCCUGCAGCUCUGCCUCGAGCAUUCCUUGGCCGACUGUGCUGACAUCCACCUCCUCGAGGCUGAGGCCAAUAGCGCCGCUGCCAUCAGUCAGUGGCCACAGGAGCCAGCAGAGGCAGCAGUGGCCCUGCUGCUGGCCCACCUACCCCUGUUGCAGCCGGGCAAUGCGGCUGCCAAGGCUGAAUACAUGAAACGGCUGCAGAAAGUGCUGGCUUACGCCAUCGAGAGCAACCGAUGCGUGGAGGAGAGCCGACAGCUCCUUUCCUAUGCCCUCAUCCACCCUGCCACCACCCUGGAUGACCGCAGUGCACUGGCCCUGUGGUUGGGCCACUUGGAGGAACGUUUGGCCGGAACCCCGCAGCCACCACGUCCCCCUCCUCGCCCUGAUGCUGCACCCCCCCCACCCCGCCGUGCCCCCCACGACUGGCCUGAGCACGGACCCCCUGAGAUUGGGCCUCCCUGGCCUGAAGCAGCUCCUCGGGAAAAUGGCCACCCCCCUUUUCACCCCUCCAGCAGUGGCAAUGGCCUGGGGGGCACAGCGCUGCCCUGCCAGCUGCACCCCAGCCCACUGAAGCGUUCCCUGUCGCUGGUGCCUGGCAGCCCCCAGGGGGGCAGCAGUGAAUGGCCAGGGGGGGGCGAGGAGCCAGGGCCCCCUCGCACCCCCUUCGGCGACCACGCGCCCCUCUCACCCCAGAGCAGCGUGGCCUCCUCGGGCAGUGAGCAGACCGAGGAGCCCACCGGUGGCCGUAACACCUUUCAGGAGGAUGGCAGCGGCAUGAAAGAUGUCCCCUCUUGGCUGAAGAGUCUGAGGCUCCACAAGUACGCAGCCCUCUUCUCCCAGAUGACGUAUGAGGAGAUGAUGACGCUGACAGAACAUCACCUGGAGUCACAGCUUAGGACGUGCCUCACGUUCCCUUCUGGUCCUUCCUUGUCACUGCAGAACGUCACCAAGGGCGCACGGCACAAGAUUGCCCUCAGCAUCCAGAAGCUGCGGGAGCGGCAGAGUGUUCUCAAAGCACUGGAGAAGGACAUCUUGGAAGGUGGGAACCUGUGGACAGCAUUGCAGGAGCUGCAGCAGAUCAUGGUGACGCCCAUCAAGGCCUUCAGGCCCCCACCUGCCCCCCCUGCUAAUGGAGCACAUGAUGGGGCUCCCCCAGGGGCUGCCGAUGCCUUUGCCCCCCACCCAGCUGCUGACACUGAGGCCCCUGCAGCCCCCGUCCCUGAUGGAGACAUCCCAGGGCAGUUCACUCGUGUCAUGGGCAAAGUCUGCACCCAGCUGCUGGUGUCACGGCCAGAUGAGGAGAACAUCACGAGUUACCUCCAGCUCCUUGAGAAGUGCCUGAGCCACGAGGCGUUCACAGAGACGCAGAAGAAGAGGCUCUUGUCUUGGAAGCAGCAGGUCCUGAAGCUGCUCCGCGCCUUCCCCAAGAAGGUGCCACUUGAUGGCCAGGGCUACCGGCCUCCCAAAGGCUGGGGCUUUGGCUCCAACUCACUCCCCAUAGCUGGCUCUGUGGGAGGGGCGGGGGGGCGGCGGGGGCAGCGCCCCUUUGCGUUGCCCCCCCGUGCGCUGCCCCCCGCCCGCAUGGGGUUGUUGGGCCCUGCUGGGGGGGGUCCUACCCCACGACCUCCCCUCGGUGCCACCCCCCUUGGAGCGCAAGGACGCCAGAGCCUGUGGUUCAGCAGCGGGGGGGCUGGGGGUGCCCCGGGGAGCCGCAGCGUGGUGCAGCGCACCCACUCGCUGCCCGUCCACACCUCACCCCAGGCCCUGCUUGCCUUCCCCCAGGAAUGUCCCGUCCCCGGCACGGACUUAGAGAUCAACCCCACGCUGGAGUCUCUGUGCCUGAGCAUGACGGAGCACGCGCUGGGGGAUGGCACAGACAAGACCUCAACCAUCUGACGGCCCUGCCCCUACCGCAGGGGUGCUGCACCCAUUGUUA